CGUAAAACAGUUUUCAACUCGUCAAACUUCUACAUGUUCAUCGCAGUAUUGAAGAAAACUAAAUUCUUAUUCUUACAAAGUCAACGCUCAGCGACUUCCAUAUCCAACAUCAUCAAUCGUCCUCAAGCUUAGGCACCUCUUGAAAACUCUUUCCAGAGCAAUACUACCUUUCAGCGUCAAAUCACAAUGCCUGGUCUCUCUACCCACCCAACACUCCCUUACCUCUCUUCUUUCUUCGCCAGCGUCUUUCUCGGCUUCGGAGUCACCUACAUCCUCUAUCCCCAGACUGCCUAUUCCCUGUAUGGCUUCUCAUCGUCUCCCACAAAUCUAGUCGACUGGGCCGUCAUGAAGCGCGUAAUGAUUCUUUACGGUGCGAAGGAUCUGUUUAUUGCAGCGGCUAUCUUUGCGUCAACGUGGUAUGGAACGAGGAAAAGUGCAGGACUGGUGCUCAUGGCGGCGAGUGCGUGUGCGGGCGUUGAUGGGUACGUAGUUGGAAAGGAGGCAGGAACAAAUCAUUGGAAUCAUUGGGGCUAUGGAAGUGUUAUGGGAGUACUUGGGGUUGUGAUGACGGGGUUGUUGGGUUAGGGCAUUGGAUCGUUCGUGUCGACAGACGGGUUUCUAAGAACAGUGACCAAGACGAGAGUGGAAUAGCCUACCUGUGUCUGAUCUAGC